UUUUCCGAAAGUUCUCCGCAAGAGGAAAUGUUUAGGUUUGUGAAACUUUUGAUAAGGAGUAUCUAACACAAGCAGUGACGUUGAAAUACAUGCUACUUCUGAUACUAGCGAGGUUCCCUGCCGCCACCACUGCUCCAAGGCGCAACUUGCAGUAAACCAUUGUGCAGGCUGAAGCAAGCAAAGGGCUGUCCCUGGUGUGUGUUCUGAACUGUUACAGUGCUUUAUUUUCACCUUCUUGCAGUAUGGUUUGAGACAGUGAACAUGGAUUUUUCACAUCUUCACACGUAUUCUCCUCCCCAAUAUGUGCCAGAGAACACUGGCUAUACUUAUUCGCUCAGUUCCAGUUACUCCUCAACUGCUCUGGAUUUUGAGGCUAGACACAAGCUAGAUCCUGUGUUCGACUCUCCAAGGAUGUCGAGGCGCAGCUUGCGCUUGUCUGCCACUGCGUACAGCACAACAGAGGAUGGCCACGGCGAUUGCAACCUUGGCAGUCACAGCAGCUCCUGUGCUGGGAAGAAGACUUUUGAAGAACAGUUGCCUAGGAUUACUAGACAUCGUAAAAACAUGGUCAAACAAUCAGGGCCUGUGAGACAAAGCCCGAGAAAAACUGCUUCCAGCACUUCCGUUUUUAGCCAGAGCAGUUUCAGCAGCCGUGCAAGCGAUGCAUCUUUUAUGUCUACCGUAUUGGAUGAGUCUUCAAUAAAGGAACAGACAGCUGUUAAGCAUUUCUGGGGUAAGGAACAUAAUGGUAAUGUGUCAAUCACUUGCAACCCAACAGGUGGACAUACAACAGUGAUACAGGCCAAUGGGGACGUAGCAACUGCUGAGAGCCAAAUGGCACUAAGCAAUGGCUACACUGGCAAUGACUGCAGCAUACUUUCUGAGCGGAAGGAAGUCCUCACUGCCUUCUCGACUGCUCACAUGCCCCCCACAAGAAUUUACUCCAGGGAUCGAAGCCAAAAACACAAGUCCGGGGGCCUCACUUUCUACACGAGUAAGAUUCUGGAAGCAGCCAAGUAUUCUGCAACGUCUGUCACGUCCCUCUUAGUGCAGCUCUUUCACGUGGUAUUGCUGAAGCUGGGCUAUGAUUCAAAAGCUUAUUCCAGUUACUAUGGAAGCACGAAUGUAAAAGAAAUUCUCAGGGAAGACCACCAGCUGGGCACGAACGGGGAAUACUUCUGUGAUGACUGUAAGGGGAAGAAACAGCUGGAGGGGCACACUGCGGCCUACAUGCCCUCCUCACACUCUAAAGGGGUCGCAAGGACCAUUUGGCACAUCUUUUCGUACGCAGGUUACUUUUUGCUGCACACAUUGCAGAGAGCGGGGACAGCAGGAUGGCUUGCCUCCAAGAAGGUUCUGUCACUCCUAUGGUUGGCUGUUGUGUCUCCAGGGAAGGCUGCCUCAGGAGUGUUCUGGUGGCUUGGGACUGGGUGGUACCAGCUUGUGACCCUGAUCUCUUUGUUGAAUGUAUUUAUUCUGACCAGAUGCCUUCCAAUGUUGUUCAGGAUGUUCUUGUACCUCCUACCUCUGCUGCUGUUGCUUGGUUUAUGGUUUUGGGGCUCUGAAGGUUUCGUUUCAUUGCUGCCAGCGCUCAAUUGGUCGAUGGUGCAGAAAGCCCAUUGGUGGGAUGACUCUGGGCAGGUCUCGGAACCUUUGCUAGAUUUGCCUCACACCAUUCAGCCUGCUGACGAACCCACAAAAUCCUUUGACUCGAGUCGCAUGAUUGAGCUGGAAAAGCAAGUGGCUUUCCUAUCUAACAAGUGGCACCAUCUGGACAAGGAAUACAGUCAAAUCCUCCUCCACCUUCAGGCCUUUCAGGGUCAGAUUGCCCAGCUGAAUGACAAAAGUGAGACAUUGGCAGUACUCAAGGACACGGUGGACCAGCAUCUGAAAGAACCGAAACCAAUGCCUGACUUUUCGAGCAUGCACGAGGACCAUGAGCAGCGCAUCGUGGCAUUAGAGGAUCUUCUGGGCAGGCUCAGUGAGAAAUCUGAUUGGCUGUCAUCUCACUUUGCCAGCAAGAGCAGCGUGCAGGUUUUGCUGCGUGAUGUGGAGCGAAGGAUCAUCAGGAGACUCAGUUGCCACAUGACCGAGACAAACACUAGGCCGUCUCCAGAACUGGUGAGGAGCAUUGCGAGCCAGGCUGGAGUGUCGGGCAUCACAGAGGAACAAGCACAUACUAUUGUGAACAAUGCACUGAAGCUUUAUUCAGAAGACAAGACAGGCCUGGCAGACUUUGCACUGGAGUCCGGUGGUGGCAGUGUUCUGAGUACUCGUUGUUCAGAGACCUAUAACACGCAAACAGCAGUGAUAAGCCUUUUUGGUGUUCCUCUGUGGUACUUCUCUCAGUCUCCUCGCACGGUGAUUCAGCCUGAGAUAUACCCAGGAAACUGCUGGGCAUUUCGUGGAUCACAGGGGCACCUGGUCAUCCGACUUUCAAUGACGAUCCAUCCUACAGCUUUCACUCUGGAACAUAUUUCAAAAUCACUUUCUCCCAGAGGAAACAUUGACAGUGCACCAAAAGAUUUUGCUGUAUAUGGUCUAGACGAUGAAUAUCAGGAAGAAGGUGUCCUGCUAGGGCAGUAUACGUAUGAUCAAGAUGGCAAAUCGUUACAGAUAUUCCAAGCAACGGAUGCCGUGGACAAAGCAUAUCAGAUUGUUGAAUUAAAAAUCCUUUCCAACUGGGGCAAUGCUGAGUACACGUGCCUGUAUCGUUUCCGUGUGCACGGGAGACUUGCCCAGUGAAUGUGAUGCAGGGCUUCCUGUGGAUACAUUUCCCCCUGUAUAUAUGUAUAUUGUGUAGAAGACUGCCAACCUGAAUUGUAUGCCAAACUCAAUGGUUAUUUGCUUGAAUGCUCAGCCCAUAACUGCCAGAGGGUUUUAUAUUUUUUAACAUUUCAUUCUAUCGCAUGCCAAACUGCAGACCAAUAAAACGAUAAAACAAAACCAAAAGGGAAGAUCUUUAUUUUGCCACACAGGAGUGUAAAGGCACAGUAAUUCAAACACGAGACCUGGAAUCUGUUACGGAUCAUUAAAAAUGCACUUGGGAAGGAAGGACUUUAUUUUUUAAAAAAUCACCCUUUUUCCUCUUUUGAGCAAGUUGCUGGCAGUUGUAAUUAGUAUUCAGUAUUAGUCUGGAAUUAGUAAUUAGUAUGGAAUGAGUAUGUUGUCAGUAUGUUGAAUGUAGGCUUAGCUAAGCAGUUGUUCUAAACAGAAAUGUAGUAUGUACACAGAGGAAGAAGGGGGUUCUGGUCCCAGAAGGAAUGUUGUGGGGGGGGGGGCCUGAACUGGAUGGGCUCAUGAGGAUAGGUGGGGGUGUAGUAAAAGAUCUGUAGUGAGAUGUAAAAAACACCCAGACUUAAGAGAGUGAUGCCAGAAAUGCUGUGACUGGUUAACAUGCAACCAGAAUUCGUACCCCGGACUUAUUCACACACUCUUGUGGUUUAUUUUCCCAAAGUCUUGUUGGGGAUCCUGGCAUUGCUGCUAACCUUUUAGAAAGCCAGGGGGAACCUCCAACAUAAUGGGCAUUUGGGGAAAACCUCAAGGACACCUUUAGCUCUGCUACAUCGUCAUCUGCAAAAAAAUAAAAACAGAACUUGGUUGGGAACUUCAGCACAAUGACCAAAGUUUUACUAGAACUCCUGUGGCUCAGGGGGCUUCUUAAAUUAGCCCUUGUGGCUCUGGAUCCUUUUUGAAUAUGAUAUGAAUGCUAUUAAACGCCUUUUGGAAAAAGUAUCCUUAAACUGAUGGCAUGCAGAACUUUUACAGUGCUCAUACCCUACUUUUUCAGUGGUGGGGUUGAGCAGGAGGAAUAACUGAAAUAUAUGUUUCUUUCUUCUUGGAAAGACAACGGUGGUGCUGUGUUGUUUUCCAAAUAGGUGGUUAAUGUGUGUUCCACAAGAGUCGUCAAAUAUUUUUUUUUUUUUAAGUUAUCUCUGGAGGAAUACUGUGUUUUAUUCAGUUAAAGUUCAGCUAGAAAUAGAACCAAUGGCCUGUUGAGAAGAGUUUGCUAAAUAUGUAUAGGUGUUUCAUAUACUGUAGGUUAAAUAUAUAAAAUAAAUCUAUAAAUAUAAGAAUUGUUCUGUAUAAAACUAAAUUGGGGAGCAGAGAGGGUGGGGAAUAUUUUGAAUAACACUAACUUUAACACUAACUUAUUUUUAAAGAAACAAAAAGAAAAAAAAAGAAAAUAGGACUUUGUGCAAUGUAUUUUUGUAAAUGCUUUUUCAAAAUAUUUGUCUCUGGUAUCCUUUGCUGCCUUCCAAACUGACAAGAACCUAUUACAAUGUUUAAGAGUUUUGAUUUUUUUU